AGCGUGAGCUAUGUCGGCCAUGAGUUUGGUUUGGCGGCGUGCUUGCUUACAAUUUUUGCCAAAUUUUCUGAUAUUUUUGAGUUAGAUUGUUUAAUUCAGUCAUUAUGCCGAAUACUUUACCUCCAAAAGAGCAGAACUUAUUUAAAAGAGUUUUGAAAUGCUACGAACAAAAGCAAUACAAGAAUGGACUAAAGUUUGCCAAGCAGAUUCUGGUUAAUCCAAAAUAUUCAGAACAUGGUGAAACUCUGGCAAUGAAAGGUCUGAUACUGAACUGUUUAGGAAGGAAAGAGGAAGCAUUUGAGUUUGUGAAGAAAGGCUUAAGAAAUGACCUUACCAGUCAUGUCUGUUGGCAUGUCUAUGGACUGGUUCAGAGAGCUUAUAGAAAAUAUGAAGAAGCUAUCAAAUGCUAUAGAAAUGCCCUAAAAUUUGACAAGGAAAAUCUUCAAAUACUCAGAGAUUUAUCAUUGUUACAAGUCCAGAUGCGUGAUUUAGAAGGAUAUAGGGAAACUCGUUAUCAGCUUCUAAAAUUACGAGCUGGUCAACGACAAUCAUGGAUUGGUUAUGCUAUUUCUCAUCAUCUUAUCAAAGAUUACAACAUGGCUUACAAAAUACUUGAGGAAUUUUCUAAGAGUCAAACAAUAACUAAGGUUGACAAUGAGCAUUGCGAGAUGUUGUUGUAUCAAAAUAUGAUAAUACGGGAGUCUGGAAAAUUGAGCGAUGCAUUGGAGCAUCUCACAACUCAUGAACGUCAAAUAACAGAUAAACUUGCCAUAACUGAACUCAAAGCCUUGAUCAAUUUGGAGCUUGGAAAUUUCAUGGAAGCUGAACAAUAUUACUGGAAAUUGUUGAAUAGAAAUCCUGAAAACGUUGGCUACUAUCAUAAGCUUGAAAAAUCAAUACAACCAAAAAAUGUGGUAGAGCGAAUGAAGAUUUAUAAAAGAAUGGAAGAAAAGUUUCCCAGGGCUCAAUGUCCUAAGCGAUUACCUCUUAAUUUUCUGUCAGGAAGCGAAUUUACUGAAAAACUUGAUUUAUAUAUGAGAUCUGCCAUUAGAAAAGGUGUUCCACCAUUAUUUGUGAAUCUACGCAGUCUUUAUAACAACAGUGAGAAGGUAAAAAUUGUUGAGGAGAAUGUUCUCAAGUAUGAAAAAUAUUUGCUCAAGCAAAGUAGUUUUGAUGAAAAUGAAUCGACGUUAGAGUCUCCGACAGUUUUACUGUGGACUCAAUGUUAUCUUGCUCAACAUUACGACAUUCUUGGUAACACGCAACUAGCGUUAGAUUACAUUGAUAAAGCACUAGAACACACGCCCACAUUGAUUGAAGCUUAUAUGAUUAAAGCUAGAAUAUUUAAGCACGGUGGAGAUAUGAAACAGGCAGCUUAUUGGAUGGAUGAAGCUCGUUCUUUAGAUACAGCAGAUAGAUAUGUGAACUCCAAAUGUGCUAAAUACCAGUUGAGAGCCAAUGAAAUUGCAAAAGCAGAACGAACUUGUGGAUUAUUCACAAGGGAAGGCAGUUUAGCUUCAGAAAAUUUAAAUGAAAUGCAAUGUAUUUGGUACGAAACUGAAUGUGGACGAGCUUAUAAACGUCUUGGAAAUUAUGGUGAAGCUUUAAAGAAAUGUCACGAAAUCGAAAAGCAUUUUGAGGAAAUUACCGAAGACCAAUUUGAUUUUCACUCGUAUUGUUUAAGAAAGAUGACGUUGUGUGCUUACGUCAGAUUACUGAGGCUUGAAGACAGCUUAAGAGGUCAUCAUUUCUACUUUAAAGCAGCAAAGUUGGCUAUUGAGUGUUACAUAGAGCUUUACGAUAGACCGCUGUGUGGAAAUAACGAGGACUUGCUCACCAACAACGACAACUUGUCUGAGAAAGAUUUGAAGAAAAAGAAAAGCAAGCAAAGACGAGCUGCAAAAAAAGCAGAAAUACAACAAGAGAAGAAUAAAGAUUCUUGUCAGAAGAAUGAAGGAUCAGAAGAGAGCAAAAUUAAUGCCAAUAAUCUAGCGAAGGUAGAAGAUCCUUUAACUGAGGCAGUAAGAUUUUUAAAACCAUUACAAACGUUUUGUGGUGACAAUAUGGAAACGCAUGUAUUAGCUUUUGAAAUUUACUAUAGGAAAGAUAAACUAUUACUCAUGCUACAAUCUUUAAAGCGAGCUGUUAUUGUGGAUCCUACUCAUCCAAAACUGCACGAAUGUUUGGUUAAAUUUAGCAAAAAGGUUUCAGAAAGGAAGAAUAUCGAGGCAGUUAUCAAAGAAGUUAUUAAUAAAGAAACAAAACCAUUGUAUCAUGGAUUGGAAUUGUUAGAUUUCAACAAAGAGUUUCUAAACAAACACAAACACUCUCUUCCUCAUCAGUUAGCUGGUGCUGCUAUGCUCUACUUUCUUGAUACUACUGCGCAAACUGAAGCAAUUACCAUGGCAACAUCUCUUCACAAUGAAAUGAGUAAUCGAACAUUGGAGGUUUGUUCUGAUGUAUUGCUAGCCCUUGAAACUGGACGUUUUGGAGAAUGCCAAGAACAAUUAAAUGAGUAUAGAAAGAAAUGUCGUGCUCUAUUUCCUUACAGUUUGUUGUUUAUUUCGAGUGAACAACAUGAUGACUUGAUCAACACUAAACCAAAGCAUGAACUUGUUACAUGUAAUGGAAAUAAUCUCCAUAGUUGAUUUCUUAUUAUGUAAAUGUUCGCAAGUCUUGGCAUCAGAAAUUUUUUUAAUAUUGCCAUGAUGGGAAUGCAUUUAAUUUAAGACUCUAGAAUAAGUCAAAAAUCGCAGUUCUUUCACUGUCAACAGCGACAACAAUGAAACAUUUUAAACCUUUUAUUGCGAAUCAAUAUGUUGAUACUUGUUAGGUGUGUUUAUAUUUUGUAUUACCCAAUUCCUCUAUGGAGGACGUCGUUGAUUGCAUCAGGAAAUUAAAGCGCUAAAAUUGGGCAAUGAAUUGGAAAUUUGCGUUUAUUUCUGAAAGUAAAUUUUACCUGCAAUUUUA